GCUUCACCUUUCUGUCUCCUUUGUCCCUCCCACUUCAGCUCGGACCAAACAGCUCGCCGGCCAGGGACGGCGGCCGGUUGGCUGAACCUCGGCGGCGCCGCCGGCAUCUUCUGCUUCAGUUAGCCUUCGUUUCAUGAUCCUCGCUGUAGCAACUGGCGCAGCUUAGAGUUUGAUAUUCCCCCAGACUCCAACAUCCUAAGAAGGCCUCCAAGGUGCUCGGAGGUGCACAGACAGAAGAAGCAAGAGAUCAGAAAUGUCGCUCGAGGUCGAGAACCCUGGGGUCGCAGAGUCGACCAACCGUCUCAGUCUCAAACGCUAUGAUUCGCUCUUCGGAGACGCAGAGAAGGUCUCUGGCGCCAAGUACCAUGGCUCCGAGGGGAGCUGGUCCCGGACGCUGCAUCUCGCUUUCCAGAGCGUCGGCAUCAUCUACGGCGACAUCGGGACGUCGCCGCUGUAUGUCUACUCCAGCACCUUCCCUGACGGCAUCAGGAACAACGACGACCUGCUGGGCGUCUUGUCGCUCAUCAUCUACACCCUCAUCGUAAUACCGAUGCUCAAGUACGUCUUCAUCGUGCUGUAUGCAAACGACAAUGGAGAUGGUGGCACGUUUGCACUCUAUUCGCUGAUAUCGCGGUACGCGAAGAUCAGGCUGAUCCCGAACCAGCAGGCAGAGGACGCAAUGGUGUCAAAUUACAGCAUAGAAGCGCCGAGCUCGCAGCUGAGGAGGGCACAGUGGUUGAAGCAGAAGCUUGAAUCUAGCAAGGCGGCCAAGAUUGCACUCUUCACCCUCACAAUCCUUGGCACAUCCAUGGUGAUGGGCGACGGAACCUUGACCCCGGCAAUAUCUGUGCUCUCUGCAGUGAGUGGGAUCAGAGAAAAAGCGCCAAGACUGACUCAGACGGAAGUAGUCUGGAUCUCUGUGGCAAUUCUGUUCAUGCUCUUCUCAGUCCAGCGUUUUGGGACCGACAAGGUCGGGUACACCUUCGCUCCUAUCAUCUCGGUGUGGUUCCUUCUGAUUGCUGGUACCGGAAUGUACAACCUCGUCGUUCACGACAUCGGUGUUCUGAGGGCCGUUAAUCCGUGGUACAUAGUAAAAUACUUCAAAAGGAACGGGAAGGAAGGAUGGGUUUCUCUUGGUGGUAUUAUCUUGUGCGUCACAGGCACAGAAGGAAUGUUUGCUGACCUGGGACAUUUCAACAUCAGGGCGGUUCAGAUCAGCUUCAACGGUAUAUUGUUCCCGUCAGUGGCACUAUGUUACAUCGGGCAGGCAGCAUACUUGAGGAAAUUUCCAGAGAACGUUGGAGAUACCUUCUACAGAUCCAUCCCAGCACCUUUGUUCUGGCCAACCUUCAUCGUUGCAAUUCUUGCUGCUAUUAUUGCAAGCCAAGCUAUGCUCUCUGGUGCAUUUGCCAUCCUCUCCAAGGCGCUGUCGCUCGGUUGUCUGCCCAGGGUCCAAGUGAUCCACACCUCAAAGCAGUACGAGGGGCAGGUGUACAUUCCUGAGGUGAACUUCAUGAUGGGAUUGGCGAGCAUCAUAGUCACAAUCGCAUUCAGAACGACCACCAGCAUCGGCAAUGCUUACGGGAUCUGUGUGGUGACCACAUUCUCAAUCACCACCCAUCUGAUGACCAUUGUGAUGCUCCUCAUAUGGAAGAAGCACAUCAUCUUCGUCCUUCUGUUCUACGUCGUGUUUGGUUUCACAGAACUGAUCUACCUCUCUUCCAUACUGUCAAAGUUCAUCCAGGGCGGGUACCUUCCGUUCUGCUUCGCGCUGGUCCUCAUGACCCUGAUGGCGACAUGGCACUAUGUCCAUGUCAAGAGGUACUGGUACGAACUCGACCACGUUGUGCCUACCAACGAAAUGACAACUCUGCUCGAGAAGAACGAUGUGCGGCGGAUCCCUGGGGUGGCACUUCUGUACACGGAGCUCGUCCAGGGUAUUCCCCCAGUGUUCCCUCGCCUGAUCAAGAAGAUACCAUCUGUGCACUCCAUCUUUGUGUUCAUGUCGAUCAAGCACCUGCCGAUCCCGCACGUUGUGCCUGCGGAGAGGCUCCUCUUCCGGCAGGUCGGUCCGAGGGAGCACCGGAUGUUUCGGUGCGUGGCCCGGUACGGGUACAGCGACAUGCUGGAGGAGCCCAAGGAGUUUGCAGGGUUCCUUGUGGACAGGCUCAAGAUGUUCAUCCAGGAGGAGAUCGCGUUCGCGCAGAGCAAAGCGGAGAAUGACGAAACCAGCUCCGCCGCUGAGGUUUCAGAAGCGCAGACGAGGCCAAGGCGAUCCACGCAACCUGCCGUGCACAGCGAGGAGGCGACCCAACCGCGGGUGAGCAGCCACUCGGGGAGGAUCACUUUCCAUGCGAAUCAGACAGUCGAGGAGGAGAAGCAGUUGAUUGACAGAGAGGUGGAGCGAGGGGUGGUGUAUCUGAUGGGAGAGGCCAAUGUGUCGGCAGGGCCCAAGUCAUCAAUCUUGAAGGUCGUGGUUGUCAACUAUAUCUAUACGUUCUUGAGGAAGAACUUGCCUGAGGGGCACAAGGCAUUGUCCAUUCCGAAAGAUCAGCUGCUGAAAGUUGGGAUCACAUAUGAAAUAUAGGGAUUUUUAUGGAAGUAUGAGGCGUGGCUAACCAAGCCUUUGUUGGAGCAUAGUGCUGAUUUGAGAGGGCAAAGGGCCACUGUCGACUUAUAAAAGGCAUGUGUGAGUGGGCUUUUUCUUUGGCUGGAAGGUUUCUUUUCAUUCUCUGUACAGUUUGGUGUUAUCAGAAUUUGUCACUUGCAAGAGUGAUAUUGGAAAUAAAAAGUUUUGACUGGUAGUGUGCUAUGCA